UGGCUGGGCGCUCGCGUGAGUGACCGCGCCUUCCGCAGCAUCGCAGCCACAGCUCAGUCUCGGGGGCUGUCAAAUGUGAAGGCCCCUCUGUACCUGGACGUGACCUGGGAGUGGCAGCAGUGGGGCGGCAUCCUGCCGCAGUCGCUGGACUUGCUGCUGUGCAUCAACAUGAUCCACAUCAGCCCCCUGAGUUGUACGGAGGGGCUCUUCAGAGCAGCUGGCCACCUUCUCAAGCCUAAGGCUGUGCUCAUCACCUAUGGGUCCUACGCAGUCAACGGGAGGAUCUCUCCCCAGAGCAACGUGGACUUUGACCUAACCCUCAGAUGCAGGAACCCAGAAUGGGGGUUGCGGGACACAGCUUUCUUGAAAGAUUUGGGCCAGGCCAGUGGCCUUGUUCUGGAGAAGAUGGUGGAUAUGCCAGCCAAUAACAAGUGCCUGGUUUUCCGGAAAGAGUAGCCCUUUCCUUCAUCCUGGGUGCCUGCAUUCCUGCCAAAGGUUCUGUUGGGCACAAAGCAGACCCUAGCUCCUGCCUCCCUAGGCCAGGCUUUGGGAAUGACCAGCCCCAUAUAGUCUGGCCUAUCAAAAGCCCGGGCCCAGUCUGCCUUGGAAUAAAGUAUUUCCUACUGUC